AUGAAGUUUCCAAACUUUAAGGCAGAAAUUUCUAUAACUUCAAUUUUAUCAUCAAAAAUUAAUUUGGGAGCUUUGAUGGAUGAAUUUUACAAUUGAAAAAUCAGAAAAUGCAAUGACUGAUUAUGUAAAAUUACUAAACCUUUAUUCACUUUUGGAGAAAUCAGUCUUAAGAGAGAGUUUUGGAUAAAUCUGCAUAUGGAAUUUUUAUAA